AUGACGUUGGGCGGCAGUUGCGAUGCGGCGGCCCCAAACCCCAGUUCCGCCGCCCGGCUGCCGUUCCCCAUCUUCAGCUCCAUCUCUCAACAUGUCCUCAUCUCCCCAUUCCCCUCAUCCAUUUGGCUCAUUCAUGGGGGAGACCAUUGGGUCCCACCCCUGUCUCCGACCUCUGGCCCACCAUCCACGGCAUUUGAACCCUCUAUCAAUACGGGGCAAAUAUGUGACCCUCGAACUAUGAAGCACAGCUACAUCAUGGGUCGUUCGUACGAGGCUACCGCCAAGUGGGACAUGGGCCCCAUCGCCACGUCCCUCGGCAUCUUUCCCUAG